AGCACAUUUCCAGCAAGCAAGCAUCAAGGCAUCCCUGCAUCGACCACACUAUCUAGCAAGCAUCACCAUCUGCUAGAAUGGCCGCCUACUACAACGGCGGCAGGACCAUGUCCUACUCCAACAACGACGGGUGCUACGACGGCGGCCGGACCAUGUACUCCAACACCAGCGAGGAGUGCUACGAAGCCCCCAAGCACGGCCACGGCCACGACCACGGUCAUGGCCACGGCCACGGCAUGACCAACAUGUACUCCAACACCACCACCGACGAGUGCUACGACGCCGGCAGGAACGGCCGUGGCGGGAUGAACAUGUACACCAACACCACCGACGUCGAGUGCUUCGAAGGAGGCAGGCACGGCCACGGCCAUGGCCACGGCGGCGGUCAGACCAUGUACUCCAACACCACCGAGGAGCAGUGCUACGGAGAGCAGGGGCAGCAGGGGUACUACAAGAAGGAGGAGAAGACGCACAAGAACCGGGAGCGCAUGGGCGAGGUCGGCGCCCUCGCCACAGGCGCCUUCGCGCUGUACGAGGGUUACGAGGUGAAGAAGGACCCCGCGCACGCGCAGAAGCAUAAGAUCGAGGCCGGUCUGGCUGGGGCGGCGGCGCUGGGCGCCGGCGGUUACGCGUUCCACGAGCACCGCGAGCAGAAGCAGGCCAGCUACGGCGGCGGGGCGCACCGCCAGGAGUACAGGAUGCCCGUUCAGAACCACUACUGCAACUAAGCAAUCAUGCAACCAACGUCGUCGAUCGAUCGUAUCGGCCGGCGAAGAGCAUGGAGGCAUGAGCAGCUACUAUGUAGUAGUACGUAUAGACUCCAAUAAGAUAGAGCGUCAUGCCGGCAUGUGUUUCCUAAUUUCGGCUUACUUGCAAUAAGCUAGCUGCAUGCGUGCGUGCCACUGAUCACGUGCGUACUGCUGUGUACUCUGUACAUGUGCGUCUGGGAUAGUACGGUCGCGUAUAUUUAUACUACGUGUGUG